UAUUUCUUUACUAAUUCGGUCAAAAACGCCCACUUUUGUUUAGUAUAUUAUGAUAAGAAAUAGAAGGUGAACAUCAUUUGAAGAUAAGGAUAAAAAGAAGAUGAAGUAUUUAAUUAUACUGAGUGUAUUAGGAAUUGCGUGGUGUUCCAAUUUUCAUUUACGAUCAAGAAGCAUUAUUACAUGUACGAAAUCAUAUGACUGUACUUCAACUGCACCAUGCUGUAGGGAUGCAAACAAUAAUACACUUACUGGCCAGCAAGACCACUUCGCUCCGGUUCUAGGAGGUUCAACUGCAAGUGGAACUUGUUCCAGUGUACUUGGAAAGAAGGGUGAUGUUUGUGACUCUUCUUGUGGAUGUGAAUCAGGUUAUACAUGUUAUCGACCAAUGUCUGGAGUAUGCUGUCCUCCAAUGAGAUGUUAUGAUGCCGCUUGGGUGAAACAACAACAACAUCACUGGGCUAACUGUCACCCACCAACAUGUUUUUACCCUCCAUAAUUAAUGCUAUAAGAAAAUAAAACAAUUAUACCUAG